AUGAUGGGCGAUCCCCUGUGUAUGAGUGAGGUGGAGGAGGACAAUGUCACCACAGUCUUGACAGAAAAUCCCAGUGAGAAUUCUGAGGGAAAUGUCAUAUCACUAAGUGAUAAAGUAGAAGAUGAAGAUAUCGUGCAGCUCUCUUCAGCAGAAAACCUGAUUCCCUUUAAUGUACAUCCAGGACUUCACUGUACAGGUCUAUCAUAUAAUCCCCCUAAUCAUGAGGAACCUUUUCCUGACCAAUCAGAGAUUGAUACCCCAUAUACAGGUCAGAAAGAUGGUGACAAUUUUCAAUUUGGUAAAGAAUUCAUAGAAAGCUCAAAUCUUUAUACAAACAGAAGUAUUGACACAGAGGAGAGGCCAUUUUCAUGUUCACUACGUGAGAAGACCUUUGCAGAUAAAUCAAGUCUUCUUAGAUAUGUGAAAAGUUUCAGAAGGGAGAAGCCUUACUCCUGCUCAGAAUGUGGAAAAUGUUUUACACAUCAAUCAAUUCUUCUUACACAUCAGAGAAUUCACACAGGAGAGAAGCCGUAUUUAUGUUCAGAAUGUGGGAAAUGUUUCACACAUCAGUCAGAUUUUAUUAAACAUCAGAGAAUUCAUACAGGAGUAAAGCCAUAUUCAUGCGCAGAAUGUGGGAAAUCUUUUUCAAAUAGAUCAAAUCUAGUGACACAUCAGAGAAGUCACACAGGAGAGAAGCCGUAUUCAUGUUCAGAAUGUGGGAAACGCUUUAUUACAAAAUGCAACGUCCGGUACCAUCAGAGAGUUCACACAGGGGAGAAGCCAUUUUCAUGUUCAGAAUGUGGGAAGUCCUUUACAGAUAAAUCAAGUCUUGUUAGACAUGAAAGAAGUCACACAGGAGAGAAUCUGUAUUCAUGUUCAGAAUGUGGAAAGUCCUUUACAAAUAAAUCAGGUUUUGCUAGACAUGAGAGAAGUCAUACAGGUGAGAAGCCAUAUUCAUGUUCAGUAUGUGAGAAGUCCUAUACCGAAAAAUCAAGGCUUGUUAGACAUGAAAGAAGUCACACGUUAGAGACAUUGUUUUCAUGUUCAGAAUGUGAGAAGUCCUUUACAGAUAAAUCAAGUCUUGUUAAACAUAAGAGAAUUCACACAGGAGAGAAGCCAUUUUCAUGUUCAGACUGUGGGAAAUGUUUUAAAUAUCAAUCAGAUCUUAUUAAACAUCACAGAAUUCACACAGGAGAGAAGCCGUAUUCAUGUUCAGACUGUGGGAAAUGUUUUACACAUCAAUCAGAUCUUAUUAAACAUCGGAGAAUUCACACAGGAGAGAAGCCGUAUUCAUGUUCAGAAUGUGGGAAAUGUUUUACAAAUAAAUCAAAUCUGGUUACGCAUCAAAAACGUCACACAGGAGAGAAGCAGUAUUCAAGUUCAGAAAGUGGGAGACAUUUUAUUACAAAAGGCAAAGUUAAUGAUGAUCACAGAAAUCACACAGGGGAAACGCCCUCUACAUGUUUACUAUAUGAGAACUCCUUUACUGAUUAAUCAAGACUUCUCAAACAUCAGAGAAUUCACACUGGAGAGAAGCAGGAUAUAUGUGGAAAAUGCUCUACAAAUCAAAUCUAGUUACACAUGACAGAAUUCAAAUGGGGAGAAGCCAUUUCAUGUUCAUUAUGUGGAAAAUGUAUUACAAGGAGAUCUAAUUCUGAAACUCAUCAGAGAAUUCACAUAGAGAAGAAACCAUUUGGAAUCUGAAAGCAGUUCAGAGAAUAAGAGUGUUUAUAUUUUGGGUGGAAUCUGCCAGAUGGCCAAUUUAUAUUUUCCUGAGGUCAACUGCGAUUGGGGUCCAUGGAGAAGAAGAGCCCUGUUUACUUCCAGAGCAGUGAAGAUGAAUUGUCCCCAUGAACCUUUCUUCUUAUCACUGUAUUCACACCUGCAACCACACUGCGGGGGAGUCCAGGGUGAUAUGGGGAGAAGUAACAAUGCUCCAUGUAAUUAUUUUUAUUACAUACCUGGACACGUCCAUAUUUUAUUUUCAUUCCAAUAAUAUAAAACGUUGAAGGUGAUAGAAUUGAACAAAAACAGUGACUUUGUUAUAAAUUAUUAAAGUAAAAAUUCACAGAUCUUUUUUUCCAAAGAAAGAAAUCAGUACCUUAGACCUAAAAUUAGAUUUUUGGUUCUGCAGAUUAGGUACACAUGAUUAGUACAGUCUAAAAGAUGACAUGUCACCUGUCUUGUCUUAGUGACUACUGUAUUUUUUAAAAUGCAUUAUUCUAAAUUAUUAUAUUAUUCAUUAUUACGUAUAUUCUUUGUUAAAGACUUAAAACAUAAAAGUACACGUAACUGGUAUUUCCACGUUCAUGACGCCCCAAACGCUAAAAUUAUAUUAUUUAUCCUGCAAGGUCAAUGCUGUAGAACAAAAAAGAAAUAAAUCAUGGCAGUAUUGUUUUUUUGUUCAGCUUCUUACCCAUAAAACUGAAUAAAAACCGUAAAGUCAACUCAUCCGACAAAAAAGAAAAAAGUUUAAAGCGGACCUGUCAUGGUUUUUGUUUAUUCUAGAUAAAUACCUUUACUUGUGGGGUACCCCCCUCCCGCUGAUGCUGCCACCCUGCCUGUUUAUUUUAACUAUCGCUCCUACGCCCCACUGUGCCCCCUUG